AAAAUGUACAUUAACAAAGUCAGUCUGGUGUAUAUUUUUGUUAUCUGUGUCACAAGUUUUGCUUUCGACGGGUUACAACUUGCGUAGAUUGCCAAAGAUACGUUUAACUUAGUAGAUAGGAAAACUUUGCGUAAGUUCAACCCCACACCAUGACACUCAGUGUGGAUGGCUUCCUUACGAAGAUUGGGGGUAUGGGACGGUUCCAAUGGAUGCUGGUCUUUGUGGUGGGUAUCAUGAUGGUGCCUGUCACCUUUCAGCCCCUCAUCAUGGCGUUCCUUGGAUUAGAGCCCCCCUGGAAGUGCGCUCAAAACAGCACCGUUUGCAACUUUACAGAAGAAUUCGAUAUGUCAUCGAAUAACCCGAACAAGGAUUUCAGAUGCGAUAUUGAUGACAGUGAAUGGGAGUUCACUAAACCAUACACAUCCAUCGUCACAGAGUGGCGCUUGGUGUGUUCCUGGUCCACAUUGGCUUGGGUGACCACCUCGAUCCAGUUCCUAGGCUGGCUUUUUGGUAACGUGGUGUUCGGUGUCUUAUCUGACAAGUAUGGCCGCCGAAAAGUUCUCUUCUUUUCAUGCAGUAUGGUUUGUUGGGUGGCAUUUGUCAGUUCGUUUGUUCCUUGGUAUUGGUUAUAUGCUGUCCUAAGGUUCAUGAUCGGCUUUGGUCUCGGGGGAGCCAUUGUGUGCCUCUUCAUUAUGGCAACUGAAUUCGUGGACCCCAAUCACCGCGCCAUGGCAGGCACCUUUGCGUGGUAUUUUUGGACUGGGGCCUUGAUGCUGGUGGCUCUGUUGGCUUACCUGAUUAGGGACUGGAGGAAACUUUCUAUCGCCACCUCGGCACCAGGCCUCGUGCUUUUCAUCUUUUGGAUACUAGUUCCUGAAUCAGUACGCUGGCUGACGACGCAUCAACGAGUCGAAGAGGCGGAGAACAUUCUUAAGCGAGUGGCAAAAAUCAACAAAAAGUCCAUGCCCGAGGAGAACUUGGGUCUGCCUGACGAUCAGAGGACUACAGAGAAGGAGGCUGGGUUUAUGGAUUUGUUUGGAUCCCGCUCGAUGACGAAGAAAACUAUCAUCUCUUGGAUCUCUUGGUUUGUCAACGCACAAGUAUACUUUGGUGUUUCGUUAGGUUCUGUCAUGUUGGGUGGUAACAUUUAUCUCAAUUUUUUCCUAACUUCGCUGGUCGAACUUCCUGGCAAUGCCUUCGCUAUUUACGCCAUGAACAGAUUUGGUCGAAAGAAAGUAGUUGUGAUAGGUUUAGUUGUGGCAGCCAUAUCAAAUCUAUUAGUUACUGUUUUUCCUUCUGAUCCUGAUAAUUCAGGAUACGCAGCAGGACGUAUCAUCUUUGCUAUGAUUGGGAAGUUCUCUGUUAUGAAUUCGUUUGACGCCAUUUUUGUGUUCUCCUCAGAGUUGUUCCCGACUGUAGUGCGAAAUAUCGGCCUCGGUUCAUCUUCAGCUGCGGGCCGUUUUGGUGCGAUCACAUCACCAUUUGUGUUAAGCUUGAGUAAGUACAUGGUUCAGCUUCCUUAUAUUAUCAUGGCGGUAGAUGCCUUUGUGGCAGGAAUUCUGUGCCUUCUCCUCCCUGAGACUAAUAACACUCCGACAGCCGAGACACUUAAGGGUGCUGAAGCUUCCGGCGCUACUGAUCUAGGCCUGUUGGCAGCAAAAGGCGAAGACGAAGAGGAGGACCCCGAGAAAAUGACUGUAAUGUAGGGAGAUCUACAGCUAGGAAGAGGGUUAGUACCUAAAGUCCACUCCUGGUCAGCGUCAACGAUGUAAAUUAGUAUCUAAUUCCCAACACUUUGUAGUUUCUUGGACGGAAAAUUUUACUUAAACUUUCUGCUUGUUUAUUAGAGGAACAGAAGGAAACAGCAGUGCUUUUAAUCUAAGGCAGGCUUUCUUUACUACAGAAGUAGUUUUUGAGUAGACAUUCUCGGUUUGGCGUACAUGCAGUGGUUUGAGUUUUUGAAGAGAUUUUAGAGUUCUAGACGACAUGUUUCCAGAGGUAAAACUGUAUACCAGCGAGCCAUUGGGAAAUCCAAUUGCGUUUUUAAAAGUUACUGAUACGAAAAGUGGGCAUUUAAUCGGAACUAGUACAAAAGAUCGUCUUCUCUUUUAAAUUCGGGUUGUAAGGCCAUCGAUCGAUCGUUUCUACCAAGUGCACUUUUCACCAUUUUUCGUAACUCUACUCCAGUUACAAAAAUCUACUACAUGUCAAGUAUUAGACCGCAAGUAGUCACGCCUUUUCGGCGAAGUCCGUUUCGCGUCCCAGAAAAAUCGGCGGAAAAGGAGACUGAUGAUAACGCGCCGCGCGGAACUCCAGGAGAGAGGUACGCAAAAAGUACCAAAAGAGUUCCGUACAACGUGUUGACGCCAAUUUCUAUCUUUUUUGUUGUUUUGUUUUUUAUUUUUACCCGCGCGCCAGACUUCGCCAAAAAGGAGGGACUUCUCCAGUCUAGUAUAGUAGUAUAGUAUAGUAACAUUAAUUAAUCAUAGGAGUUAUUAAAACUGUUCGAUUAAAGCU